AGAUCACUGCCCCUCUACUACUGUUCAUAAGGCAUCCGUUCCUCAGUUUGUUUCCGUUUAGUUGGGAAGAGCUUCCUAAAGUUAUAACAUUUGGGGUAGAAAGUAGUUUAGUCAAGUUAAGUUGGAAAUUAAUUACAAACAUUUAAGAUAGGAAGAAUAUCUUAAUAAUGAACGUACAGCCGUACUGUAGCAGACCCAACGCAAGAUACAAUGAACGACCGAAUAAUUAUCAACAUAAUACCUUUAGAAGAGGAGAGCGGUAUCCAAAUUUCCCUCGCAAUAAUUACAAUGUACGAUAUGACCAAUCUGUAAUUCAAAUCGGUACCGAAAAAGUUGGAAGACUUAUUGGCAGAAGUGGAAGUAAUAUUAGAGAUUUACAAGACAGAACAAAUACGAGAAUUCACGUUGAAAGAUCAAGUACAAAUGAUACAACAGCUGUAACCAUUAUUGGAACUAAAGAAGCACAACAACAAGCAAUAUGCUUGAUAGAAGAGUCAUUAAGAGAUAUGAAUGUUAGAACAACACAGCCAGUACGAAUAUUAGAAAAUGGACAAAGAGAAAAUGGACAAAGAGAAAAUGGACAAAGAGAAAAUGGACAAAGAGAAAAUGAGCAAAGGGAACAUGGGAAAAGGGAAUAUGUGCAAAGGGGAUAUGUGCAAAGGGAAUAUGUGCAGAGGGAAUAUGUGCAAAGGAAAUAUGUGCAAAGGGAUUAUGGGCAAAGGGAUUAUGAGCAAAAGGAAAACGAGCAAAAGGAAAAUGAGCAAAAGGAAAAUGAGCAAAAAGAAAAUGAGCAAAAGGAAAAUGAGCAAGGGGAAAAUAAACAAGAGAAAGAGGAUGAAAGAUUUCUUGAUCUUGAUUGGCAACAAAUAAGCAGGGAUCAUGAUGAAUACCACAGACAAAAGUGGGCAAAGUGUACUCCUAUUGUUAAAAAUUUUUACAAAGAGGAUCCAAUAAUUGCUAAUUUGACAUCAGAGCAAGUAGAUGCCUUUCGAAAGGCAAACAAUAAUAUAGAAGUGCACAUUGUGCUUGAUGAUGAAGAAGAUACUUCUGAAGUAUUAAGUAUACCCAACCCUAUCGAAACAUUUGAACAGGCCUUUCAAGAUUACCCUGAAAUACUUGAAGAAAUUAGAAAACAAAAAUUUGCUCAACCAAGCCCAAUACAGUGUCAAGCAUGGCCUAUUCUUCUUAGUGGCAGAGACCUUAUUGGCAUUGCACAAACAGGGACAGGGAAAACUUUGGCAUUUCUACUGCCUGCUUUGAUCCAUAUCGAAGGCCAGAUAACACCGAGAUCAGAGCGGAAAGGACCAACUGUCCUUGUUCUAGCACCUACCAGAGAGUUAGCCUUGCAAAUUGAGAAAGAAGUAAACAAAUAUUCCUAUCAUGGCAUAAAGGCGGUAUGUAUAUAUGGAGGCGGAUGUCGUAAAAAACAAGUUACUGUGGUAACAGAAGGUGUAGAAAUAGUUAUUGCUACACCUGGUAGACUAAACGAUCUUGUACGCACAGAGGUUUUAAAUGUUUCUUCCGUUUCAUACCUCGUCUUAGAUGAAGCUGAUCGUAUGCUUGAUAUGGGAUUUGAACCACAAAUUAGAAAAGCUUUAAUAGACGUAAGGCCAGAUAGACAAACUGUUAUGACGAGCGCUACAUGGCCGAUGAGUGUCAGACGUUUGGCGAAAUCGUAUAUGAAAAAUCCAAUCCAGGUAUAUGUUGGAUCAUUGGACUUAGUUGCUGUACAUACAGUGCUGCAGAAGAUUUAUAUUAUUGAUGAAAAUGAUAAGACUGAUAUGAUGCAUCAAUUCCUUCGCGACAUGGCACCAAAUGAUAAAGUAAUAAUAUUUUUUGCAAAGAAAGCUAAGGUAGAUGAUGUAGCGAGUGAUUUAGCUUUGAUGUCUGUUAAUUGUUCAAGUAUACAUGGCGGAAGAGAACAAGCUGAUAGAGAACAAGCAUUAGAAGAAUUAAAAACUGGAGAGGCUAGAAUAUUAUUGGCGACAGAUGUCGCCAGUAGAGGAAUCGAUAUUGAAGAUAUUACGCAUGUUUUAAAUUUUGAUUUUCCACGGGAUAUAGAAGAAUAUGUUCACCGUGUUGGACGUACCGGCCGCGCUGGUCGUACCGGUGAGAGUAUUACUUACAUGACCCGCAGCGACUGGUCUCAUGCGAGGGAACUAAUUAAUAUUUUAGAAGAGGCUAAUCAAGAAGUACCUGAAGAAUUAUAUAACAUGGCCGAUAGAUAUGAAGCAUGGAAGGAGAAGCGAGCUACCGAAAGACGCUCCGGCGGAAACAGAAGAGGAGGAGGAGGAGGAGGUUGGAGAAGAUGGUUUUAGUCUGAAAAGCUACCUGCAUUUAUACAGUUCCUACUCACUCAGGUUAAGUUAUACUUAAGUAUAUGUAUGUAAGAAAAACAGAAAUAUAUGCAUUUUUUUUAUGGAA